GAAGUCUUGUGUUUAAGCUCGGCUGGCCUACUUAACAGCAAAACAAGGAGGUGUUUACUGAAGUUGUGUUAUAAAACAGUCACUGGGCACCGACAUUUAAAAACAAAACAAAACUGGACAAUGGUCUCCAGUGGCGCAAUUCAGAUACCGAGCCGUCUCCCGUUGCUGCUGACCCACGAAGGAGUUCUUCUCCCGGGCUCCACGGUCAGGUUCAGCGUGGAUUCCCCACGGAACAUGCACCUUGUCCGAGAGCGGCUGCUGAAGGGGACUUCGCUGAAAAGCACCAUCAUAGGGGUGAUUCCUAACACCAGAGACCCGGAGCACGACACCGACGACCUCCCCACGUUGCACAAAAUUGGUACAGCAGGGAUAGCAGUGCAGGUAGUGGGCAGUAACUGGCCCAAACCUCACUACACCCUCCUCAUCACUGGACUGUGCCGAUUCAGUGUAUCGAGUCUGUUAAAGGAGCGACCCUUUGUCCUGGCAGAGGUGAAGCAGUUAGAUCAGUUGGAGCGGUAUACGGCCCCACAAAGAGAUGCCACCGCAACAGAUGAUGGAGAGCUGGGGGAGCUGUCCGAGAAGUUCUACCAGGCUGCUGUGCAGUUGUUAGGUAUGUUAGACAUGUCUGUUCCAGUCGUGGCCAAGUUCAGGCGCCUCUUGGACAGUCUGCCGAGGGAAACUCUUCCUGACGUCGUUGCCUCGAUGAUCCGCACCUCAAACAAGGAGAAACUCCAGGUCCUGGAUGCACUGAGUUUGGAGGAGCGCUUUAAGAAGGCCCUGCCCAUGCUGACCAGACAGAUAGAGGGACUUAAACUGCUGCAGAAAACCAGGAAGAUGAGUCCUGAUAAUGAGAAGAGGGUGUUGGUGCGUAAAGGGACAGUGUUCCCAGGUCGACAGUUCAAUCUGGAUGAGGAGGAUGAAGAUGAUGAUGGUGAUGACACAGCAGCCUUGGAGAGGAAGGUCCAUGGGGCGAACAUGCCUGAAGCUGCCCUCAAAAUUUGCCUGAAAGAACUCAAAAGAUUGAAGAAGAUGCCACAGUCAAUGCCUGAGUAUGCCCUGACCAGAAACUACUUGGACCUGAUGGUGGAGUUGCCAUGGAGCAAAAGCACCAAAGACUGCUUGGACAUCCGAGCUGCACGAACCCUAUUGGACAACGAUCACUACGCCAUGGACAAGCUGAAGAGACGCGUCCUGGAGUACUUAGCUGUCAGACAGCUGAAGACCUCACUCAAGGGCCCCAUCUUAUGUUUCGUGGGCCCUCCUGGAGUCGGUAAGACGAGUGUAGGACGCUCGAUUGCCCGAACUCUGGGCAGAGAGUUUCACCGAAUUGCUUUGGGCGGCGUCUGUGACCAGUCUGACAUCCGAGGACACAGGCGUACAUAUGUAGGGAGCAUGCCCGGCCGCAUUAUCAAUGGUUUGAAGACAGUGGGCGUCAAUAAUCCCGUCUUCCUUCUGGAUGAGGUGGACAAGCUGGGGAAGAGCCUGCAAGGGGACCCUGCAGCUGCUCUGCUGGAGGUCCUGGACCCAGAGCAGAACCACAGCUUCACAGACCAUUACCUGAAUGUGGCCUUUGACCUCUCACAAGUGCUCUUCAUCGCUACAGCAAAUACUACAGCGACCAUUCCCCCAGCCCUGCUUGACAGGAUGGAGGUGCUGGAGGUACCAGGCUACACCCAGGAGGAGAAGGUGGAGAUUGCUCACCGCCACCUGAUUCCAAACCAACUGGAGCAGCAUGGGUUAACCCCUCAACAGCUGCAUAUACCUCAGAGCACCACACCGGACAUAAUCAGCAGAUACACCCGAGAAGCAGGUGUGCGCUCACUAGAAAGGAAGAUCGGGGCGAUCUGCCGAGCUGUAGCUGUCAAGGUUGCCGAGGGUCACACACUCACCAAGACAGAGACUUUGACCCCUGAAAACUCAAAACAGCCUGGAGACAAGGCAGCACCUCCAGAGUUGCCCAUAGUGAUUGAUCAUAUUGCACUGAAAGACAUCCUGGGGCCUCCAGUGUUCGAAAUGGAGGUCUCUGAGCGGCUCACCCUGCCUGGUGUAGCUCUUGGCCUGGCCUGGACACCGCUUGGUGGGGAGAUCAUGUUUGUGGAGGCCAGUCGGAUGGAGGGAGAAGGUCAGCUCACUCUUACGGGUCAGCUGGGAGACGUUAUGAAAGAAUCAGCCCACUUGGCCAUCAGCUGGCUCAGAGCGAAUGCUAAAACCUACCAGCUCACAAACAUGGUGGGGGGUUCAGAUCCAUUAGAGGGGACAGACAUCCACCUCCAUUUCCCUGCUGGAGCCGUCACCAAAGAUGGCCCCUCUGCUGGCGUUACAAUCGUCACCUGCCUAGCUUCACUGUUUAGCGGCCGACUGGUCAGAUCAGACGUCGCCAUGACUGGAGAGAUCACGUUAAGAGGGCUUGUGCUGCCAGUGGGCGGGAUUAAGGACAAGGUGCUGGCUGCACACAGGGCAGGAGUGAAGCGCGUCAUCCUCCCGAAACGCAACGAGAAAGACCUGGAGGAGCUUCCAGCAAACGUCAGAGCCAACCUAGACUUUAUCACAGCCACAAACCUGGGCGAGGUGCUGAACGCCUCUUUCGAUGGAGGGUUUCCGGGAGUAAGCGGCACACGUGCACACCCUCAGCUCACCAGCAAACUGUAACACACUGCUCAAAACACAUUAACAAUGUAAGGCGUCUUUGGUCUUGGAUAAUUAAGCCGUGUUUUUUGAUCCUUAAAAGUGCUGUAAGGUCUUUUUGCAGAUGACUUGUUCAGUAUUAAAAAGCUAACUUGAAGUUGAAGAUGGAGCUGAGAUCCAGGAGGAUUCAGUUUACAAAGGGCCCAGCUCCUCUUUGCUAAUAGCACACUAAUGUGCAGCCAGCUCAGAAGUCACAGCUAAAUAUCAUCAUAGUGGGGCUUUGUUUUUUCAUUUCAGCUGAAUAGCUGCUCCUUUCUUUUACAUUGACCUUGUAUUAGUAGCCUGGCUAUGUCUUCUGAAGCAGGGGGACUAGUGAGUGAUACAUGCCUUAAAGAUUUAUACGGGUUAAAUUUGUGCGCUGAAAAAGCCCAAAUGUGUUUGAUGAUUGCUGCUAAGGGAAAGAAAUUGAUUGAUGUUUGUUAAUUGUAAAUUGUUCUCCUUAAUCACACAUUUUAUUUCAUUAUUGUUGGAUUUUUGUCAGUGGAUCUUUCUCUAACAUCCACAAUAACAUUUUAUUUAGCUACACUGAUGGUGACGAAUAUAUUCUGUGAUUUAAAAACUGCAAAGAUUUGUUUUCAUUUCCUCCACUCUGUUGAUAAAUUGUAACAUAAAAUAAAUUUUGAUUUAUUUUAGUUACUGUGACAUUUACCGAUUUAAUUAUUUAGCCUUGAUUUUUCCUGCUCUUGGGACAUUUAGUUGGACAAAAACUAGAACUGUACAGUUGAACUUGAAUGCAUCUUAAGAAGUAUACCUUUUUUUAUGCUUUAGCCUCAGUGCUUAAAUUCAAGGAUUCAAGUGUACAGUACAAUAUUCAGAUGAUUAGCUGACUAGUAUCUUUAAUUUGAAUCAGAGGGAAAAGAUUCCAUAAAUGUGUUUUACUGAAAAGCAUAAAAUGGAGUACAGUAAUUUGUUCGACUUUUAAGCAGUCUGAAAAUAUCACACAGAUGCAUUCAUUGGUGACACCAUAGAAGACAGUUUCUUCCAUGCAACCUCAUAUUUUGGUCAUAAACAGUAAUACUGUGUAACAGCUUGAAUAAUUGCAUGUUUAAAAGUGCUCAUUCAUUGUAAUAAACAUUUCAGCCUCUUGGGGGUGCUAUAGAGUCUUUAGAUUUACUAAAGACAUGAGGCUGCACUUUUGUCAGCCACACCAGACUUAUCAAAACCUUUAGAAGAUAUUUCUGUCCCUUUAUUCUGCCUCCUCAUCCUCUGACCAUA